AUGGCGGUCGUCGUCGUGGACGCGAGCCCUCCCCUCGCGGGGCCGCGCGGGGCGAGGCUCGCGCCGCGCCGCGCGCGCGCGACGUCCCCCGCGCGCCAGCGCGCGAGCGCGUCGUCGUCGUCGUCCUCCUCCUCCUCCUCCUCCUCCUCUCUGGCGACCGCGAAAUGCCGCGCGCGUCUUCGUCGCGAAGAGACGCGCGACGCGAGGUCCGUCCUCGCGUCGUCGCGCGCGCUCCGACGCGGAUCGCGCGCGCGAAGCGUCUCGUGGCGUCGCGUCGGGUUCGGCGACGCGCUCGACGACGCGGACGACGCCCGCGGCGGGUGGGUCUCCGCGUCGUCGUCGUCGUCGUCGUCGUCGUCGUCGGCGUCCUUCGCGUCCGACGCGGACUCGGAUUCGGACGACGUCGACGUCGACGUCGACGACGACGACGACCUUCCCCUCGAACGUCCACCGGCCGCGCCUCGCGGAGGCGCGCGCGAGAGCCCGCCGAGACCGAGGCGGCGCGAGGACGCGUCGUCGCCGCCCGCGCACGCCGAUCCCCUCGUGGACGCGCUCCUGGACCGCGUCGUCGUCCUCGCGCGCGCGGACGCGCGGCUCCCGGGGCAGCCCGCGACCGAGGGCAAGGCUCGCGCCGACGCCGAGUUCAGGCGCGUCCUGCGCGGGGUGCGCGCGCACCGCGACGUCGUCGCGGCCGCGGAGGCGGCGAUCGCGGACGCGCGGCCGGAUGAGCUCGAGCGACGCGUCGCCGGGAUGAUGCGAUUCGCGCGAGAGACGCUGCGGCUGGACGCCAAGGGCGUGACGGCGACGCUGGCGAAAUACCCGGCGGCGAUCCUCCUGAGCGCGGAGGACGACGCGCGACCGGUGUACGACGCGCUGGCGUCGUCGCGCGCGUACGGCGGCGCGGGGUUCUCGAAGAGAGAGGUGGCGAGGUGCGUCGUCGCGCACCCGGCGGUGCUGUCCAUGAGCGUUUCGAGGGAGAUCCGGCCGAUGAUCGAGUACUUGAUCGGGGAGGUCAGGCUGAGACCGAGCCAGGCCGUGGACGUGUUCAAGUUCUCGCUCGAGGACGACGUCAAGGUGGCCGUGGCGUUCUUCGGCGAGGAGUGCGGGCUCGGGACGGAGGGCGCGCGCGGGCUGAUUCGGAAUCAUCCGCUCGACAGGAACAACAUCUUAGGUCGCGCGGCGGUGGAGAGGUUUCGGCCGCGUUUGGAGAACUUGUUGGAUCUCACCGGGUGGAGCAGGGCCAACCUCGCGAGGGUGAUGAUCAGCAAGUACCCCGGCGUCGUCAUCUCGUGCUCGGAGGAAAACAUCACCGGCAAGUUUAAUUUUUUCAUCGAGGAGAUCGGGAUCGAUAAAGACAUCGUCGUCAACACCAUGUUGAGGAGGGCCCCGGAACUUUUAACCCUGUCCGUGGCGAAGAACAUGCGCGCGAAGUUCGAGUUUUACACGUCGGAGGACGGCUUCGGGUUGGAUCACAUCGGCGCGAAGAGGCUCGUGACGGAGUGCCCCACCAUUUUUUCCCACAGGACGAAAUUCGUGAAGGAAAAGUUUGACUUCCUCAUGGACGAGCUCGGGGUGGAUAAAGAGUCCGCGAUACUCGCGUUGAUGAGGAAUCCUAACAUGUUGAGCUUCAGCGUGGAGGAAAAAAUGCGGCCGACGGUGGAGUACGUCCGCGCGCGGUGCUUGUCGUGGUUCCGGAACGAGAUCGCGCGAGGCGAGCGCCCCGAGCACGACGGCUCCCCGGAGGCGGACGCGAAGCUCGCGGAGGAAGCGAACGCGAUCACGGCGUACAUAUUCACCCAGGCGUCGUCCGUCAUGGGUUUCCACGUCGAGCGAAAGAUCAAGCCGACGCUCGACCUCAUCGAGGAGCGGUUCCCGGGGACGAAGAUUCGCGUCGCGCUGCGGCUGUGCACGUUUUCGUUGCAUCAAAACCUCAAGCCGCGGUUGAACAUCCUCGAGAGGAUCGGGCUGACGCACCGGUGGGCGCCCGGGACGGUCGUGCGCAUGAGCGUGAACGCGUUCCUGGAGAACACCGGCGUCAGCGCGGAGGAGUACACGAAGGAGCUCGAAAGAUGUCUCAUGGAGCACGCGGCGUUGUACCCCGAGGCGCCGAUCAAGAACGCGCCCUCCAUCGGAGCCAAGAUGAAGAAAGCGAUCGCGGGGCAGGGCAUCGUAGGGAAGUACAAUCGCGGGCUCGGGAGCGCGGAGGGCAUCCAGGGCGAGAUACAGAGGAAGCUCAAGCGGCGGCCGCGAUUUCCGAACGGGCCGGGAGGGGAGCUUCCGGGGGGCGACCCGAUCCCGGCGGAGUAUCUCUCGCUCGCCGCGAAGAGGGAGGCGAAGGCGGGGAAGGCGGCGGGCGAGGAGAAGAAGAGCGCGCCGAAGAAGACCGUCGCGGAGAGUUAG